GGAUAAAUUAGUAAUGUAUUGUUACAACUGGACAAAAUAGUAAUGAUUGCAUGAAUUGGUGCCGUCGUUGCGCUGGUGUCGAUAGGGUGUGUACCUCUGCGAUAGCAGCACCCUACCCGGUCGGGAGUUGCUCGUUCGACCGGGCUUUAGGAGCAUCGGCGGAUGUUAUGCGAUGCAAUGUCAUGCCAUGCGAUGCUAUGCGAUGUGCAAUAUUAGUAUACGGUGGAGUUUUGUGGGUGUUGGGGGCGGGCCGUAUAAUAGCUGCCGUGCGGUGCUCGAACAACCUGUUGCUGGUGGUGUUGCUGGUGGUGUUGCUGUUGAUGGUGAUGGUAAUAGUGUUGCUGCCCCGUUUGUGGGUCGAGCGGGGGCUGCUGCCGGAAGCUGCUCCUGCCGGUGCCGGCGGCGCAGAUGACAUCGUCAAACGGGUUCUUCGCUGCGGUGUUGAAUUCUGUCACCGUAACGGGCGAGCUCUGGUAGGAGAGAGAAUUUCUGCGUUUCGCUGGCUGCUGCAGUUGUUGUUGUUGUUGUUGUUGUGGUGGUGGUGGUGCAUAUAGCUGUGGCUGUGGUGGUGCCGCGUGCGAAUAAUAGGAGAAAAAGGAGUGACUCGCGGUUCCUCCCGUUCCGAGGGAAUUCGGCGAGGAGGACAGUUCCCCGUCCAGAGAAACGAGACUCGGUACGGACCGCGAGUGCAGAGACUUGGAAAGUCGCUGCUGGUCGCUGCUGUAUACUGGUGGUUGCGGUUGCUGUUGCGGUUGCGGUUGCUGCAUCGUGCUCCUCCGUUCUCCCAUUCUGCUCGCAUUCGCAUUCGCAUUCGCACUCGCAUUGGUUCGUUCUCCGUGCCCCCCCUUGUGUCCUCCGAGUUCAAACACAAAGGGGAGCUCCGAGAAGGACACCCCGUCGACGAGGAAUUCGAUUCUGCGAAACCCGCUCUCUACCGUAGUGCUGCUGCUGCUGCUGCUCUUCGCGUGGUGGUGGCUGCCACUGCUGUUGCUGUUGCUGUUGUUGAUCUUUCUCUUGUCGAAAAAGGCCCCCGGGCCGUGCGCCACUACCGUCAGGCUUCGGUUCGCACCGGCCAUGGGAGAUUCCCACGUCCACUUCCAGCCGCCCCCGUCAAAGGGCGUCUUCUUCACGGAAAAGGCCGAUUCCUUGGACCAGUGCACCUCGUGCCCGUCGCACAGGACAAACUUCUUUCCCGAGGUCAGGCUCCAGACAAAGACGACCUCGUGCUCCUCCCCGCGGCAGUCGCUCCCCGAGCGGCCCCUUUCCAGGGCCUCCGCGCUGGGGAAUCCGAACCUCCAGCAGAUCCGCCGCUUCGAUCCGGCAAACAUCCUGCCCUUCUUGGAGGUCUGGCAAUCGAUCUGGUAGCAGCAGCCUCCGUUCCCGGCCGCGUCGUGGCUUCCGGAAGGCUUCGUGCGGUCCAUGGCCGACACCUUGCGCGGGUUGGAAUGGAAUGGAAUCGAAUCGAAUGGAAUCGGGCGGGUGGAGCGUGUUGGCCUGCACCGGCGUUGGUUCACCGUGGGUGUCGCGGCGGAAGAAUCGAAACGAAAGGAAAGGGAACGAAUCAAUCGCACUCUUUGUGUGUCGGGAAGCGAUUGUGUGAUGGUGUGACGAUUCUUUCUUUCCACUCAGUCGUACCGUCCGGUACAGAAUUGUACUGCACCCCGUUCGUGCACUCGAACAACUUCUCUGUCCGGAGCAGCAGUAUCGCACGAGAGGAGCCGGUACCGGUACGAGCACUGGUAUACUUACGGAUACUGCUAUGCUUUCGCUAAAGAAGGGUCGUUGCGGAAAUAUACCACUGGAAUGAGAGAUGAGUCGUCCGAGCAAGACAGGGGUUACGUGUACGACACCAAAAAAAGAGGAAACGGACGGAGUCACAAAUUUCGUGAUGUGGUUUUUCCCUAUCAAAGCGUCGCCCGUUACCAAACAAAUAUGCUUGCGCGAACAGUAUUCUGGCACAAUCGCCGAGCAGACCCGUGCACGAGCCCGUGCCAAACGCGGGAACCCUCCCUCGGCCGGGCAGGCCCCGACAACGUCCCACCCUGCCCGACGAAAUCUCGGAACCGUCGUAUCUCUCGUACGGUACUGGGUACGGUACGUACGGUACCGUACCAACUACGGUGGCAUUCUGCGCGGGUCCCGCUCCAGUCCCAAAACAAGACAAGCCGCGCGCCAAAAAUGUGUUCGGGCCGUACGGUGCAAGUACGUACGGUACUCGUACGUAACAUCGUAGUGAGGGAGGGGCCAAACUUUUCCGGUACUGAGAUAGUCACCUUUCUGUCACUGGGAUUUUGGAUGUUACCGAGACGACGACAACAUGACAACAUCAUGUGUGUGGUGUAAUACUCCACAAUCCACAAGCAUUCCACACACACUAAACGAGCUCCGAGCCUAUAGUAUCUUGUUGCUAUCUAUGUUGUGGCUCGUGCUAUUCCUAAUGCUAUAGAGGCAGAAUAUGUGGGUGACAAAAGCCAAAAAUUUAUGGCCUGGGCAUUCUUUUUCUCCGAUGUACCGUACUCCAAUGGUGUUGGAUUCCUUCCGCAGGUUUUAGGACUUCGAACGCAACGAAACGCCAGCGAGCUCCUGCCACCGUGGCGAGUACGUACCAAACGAAAGAUGUCGCACGGCUUGCCUGCCCAAACCAUGCUUGCUUGCUUGCUGCGAGCUGUGAGCGUGGACAAAACGAACGAAACCUCUUGCCACAAUCCUCCGUGCGUGCGAUGGUUGUUUGUUUCCGUGGUUCGUCCAAGGGCACGCGCGUGAGCCGCGGUCCGUCUCCACCCACACCCAAACGGAUUCCGUCCGUCCGUCCCUAGGGGGCGGCGCUCGUCUGGCGGUGCGUGUCCAGCUUUCCGGCGUUGCCCAUGGCGUCCGCCAGGGUGGACUGGCGCUGGGGCUGCGUCGAAGCGGUUUCGUUCAUCGGGAUGUUUCGUCCGCUCGCGUACCCACCCUGUCGGUCCGUCGGGUCCAGUUCCAUGGCCGCGUAGGUGGCCUUUUCGUACUGGUUCUUGGCCCGGGCUUCCUCGAGUUCCCUUCGCAGCCAGUGGUCGGCAAUGGCGAGCAUCUUCGAGGGAUGGUUUUCCCGCUUGAGUUCCUGGUAUUUUUCCAGUUCGCUCAUCUUUCCCUGCCAGCCGCACCUGCCCUCGUUGUUCAGGUAGAACAGGUGGGACGCCCAGUCGUCGAGGCCGUCAAAGAUGUGCGUCGCGUACAAAAUAGUGGCGCCCCGCUCGUCGCUCUCCUUGACGAGCCACUUGAGCAGGUCCUGUCGGACGCAGACGUCGAGGCUGGUGGUGAUUUCGUCGAGGAGCAGGAUCUUAAAGGGCCGGACCAGGCCCAGCAUGAUCUGGACCCGGCGGCGCUGCCCGUCCGAGAGCUGGUGCAUGUGCCAGUUCAGAUCGAUUCCGAGCAUGCGGACCAGCUCGUCGCGGCGCUCGGGGUACGAGUUCUGGAGCUUCUCCUGCCAACCCAAACAAAUACGUAACGUACGGCGUGCGACAAAUCCAAUCCAACGCGUCGUGCGGAAGUUUUUGAAACAGCAGCAAAACACAGUGGCGUCCGACAAUCGAGAGCAACAACAACUUACGGCGUGAGAGAUUGGAAGAUUGACAAUUCAAACCACUGGUGAAACACCAUCGUGAUUUCGAUUUGUGUACCGACAGAUAACAAUCAAAAUACCUACCAUCAUUUUGUAUACGGGAAUAUCGGCACAGAGAGGGACAGAGGCUCCGACAAACGCAAUGGAGGUCAUUCCCCAGUCGCAAUUGAGGUAGGCUCGGUGGAAAUUGAGCUUCGUUUCGCGGAAGGAAUUCAGGCCCAGAACCUUCACUUCUUGCUGCGUAAGGUGGCGUCCGGCGAGGAUUCGCAGCAGGGUCGACUUUCCGCUUCCGUUGGCACCGAUCAAGAGGCAGCGGGACCCCGUCUUCAGCGUAAGAUUAAGGUUGUGCAAAACGUUUCGCUCGUCCUGCGCGUCGAGGGCGCCGGUGCUGCUGUACCCAAAGGUCAGAUCCUUGACCUCGAUGGCAUUUGGUCCGUAUUCUUUGAUUUUCGGGAGGGGCUUGGGAACGACUCGUUUCUGUUGCAUGGUCAUUGUGUAUUGAAUUCUUUUUCGUGUUGCUGUUGCGACUGUACAGAUUCUCGUGUGCCUUUAUUUUUAUGGAGGAGUGGUCGUCAAUCAAUGAUUGGAACAAAGAUGAAGAGCUGUUAAUUAUGACGACAAGUGCUCGAUUAUUGGUGUUUGGGUACGGUACGGUAUCAUUGUUCUGUCUUGGUAAAAAUUCACCUCCUAGUACGAGUACGUACGGGUACAGGUACACUCUGUGAUGUGUGAGUGACUCAUCGAAGACGUUUGUUUGUGGCACUGUUACGUUUUACGAUGAUGGUGUGCCGCCAUUUCGCCAUGAUGUAAAUUAAGUAGGGUAUGGUACGGUACUGUAUGUGCGUAAUCGUACGGCACGUUCUUGUUCGCGCUACCUCAAAGGAGACAAAAAAGAUCGACUAGAUCGACUCGAUAUUGGCAUUGAUGAUAAACCAAAGAUGGUUGUUCCAAACACUAACACCACCAGUACUCGUAGUCUUUUGGAAAGUCUAUCAUAAAGUAGCAUUUCGCAAUUCAGUAUCCAAUUUGACUCCUACUAAAUUUAAUUACAAUGC